UGAUAAUGAUGAUGGAAGACAUAGAAAGUGAAGAAGUGAAAAAUUUACAAAUUGAAUUUGAAUGGGUUAUGAGGGAUGAGGUUCAUGCGAUUUUAAAGAAGCUACGAGAAAUUCUAGUGGAAUGUGCCCGCCGCUUUCCAGUCCCAUUGUACGAUAAUGAGGGCAAACGUACUGAAAAAUUUCAUUUAGUUGCCGCACAGGAUCAACUAAAAUGUUCUCUUACACUAACCGGGGAUAGCAUUACACAAGCGGAAAUUAGUUUUAAAUUAAAACGUUCCUCAUCCCAAAUCCAACGAACUGCAAUAACAUCUGAAGCUCCCUGGAAAUUACAACAAGUACAAGAUGCUGCCAAUCAUUUACAACAGGCCAUUAAUCAUAUUGACAAUGUCGAUGAAAAUUAUAAAUUUCGUUCCUCCGAAGAAGUUCUACAAAUUAUUGGCGAAUUAAUUGGAGCCUUACAACGAGGACGUACUAGUCUUAUUAUACCAAAGAAAAAAUCCAUUGAUGACUUGAUGAAAGGUCGUAAUAUGAAAUCCUUAACGCCAAAUUUACCCGAAGAUCAAGCAAUAUCCUUCUUCUUACAAUGCCAUAAAUUGAUAAUAGCUGUUUAUCAAUUACUCAAUGUCCAGGGCACGGUUAAAAUGGAGGCAACACAGGCUGAAUGUUCGGUUGGUUGGCUCAACGAUGUCCUAGUACUAUUUACGGUUGGCCUAACACUGUGCCAACAACUAAAAGAUAAAAUGAACGCAUUUAAAAUCAAUAGUAUUAUAAGUUAGUUA